AUGGUCUUGCUUCCUGGUCCAGAUAAGCCGCAAGACCCAAAGGACUUCAACGAUGAGAGCGGAAAAAGGAAGUCGUUCUACGCCCCAGACUACGUGUUUCUCGUCGAGCACACAGCAACCGGGAAUAAAUACCUUUUCGACCUAGGCAUGCGAAAAGACCUUGAGAACCUCCCACCUCUUAUCGUGGAAGGCUCCCUACCAAACUUCAAAUGCGAGCCGAAGUCACCAGCGGAGAUACUACAAGAACAUGGAUCGCCAGAGCAACAGCCUGAGAAGGUCAAGGCUGUCAUCUUCUCCCACAUGCACUUUGACCAUGUCGGCGAUGGGGCAAAGGCUGGGUUUGAAAAGGCAGAGAUGUGGAUUGGACCAACUUGCUGUACUUACGCAAGACCUGGGUAUCCGGUUGAUCCGAAAGCUCCAACGCUGAGUGAGACUUUGCCAGUGGAUGGUAGUCGAAAGAUUGUAGAGAGCUAUGUACCAGAUGAUGUGUUGAGAGAGGCAGGAGAUAAGAGAGCAGGUCAGGUUAUGGAGGGUAUGGUGAAAGGAAAAUACGCUGCCGUGGAUCUCAAAAAGCCCGAGUGGAUCGGUCUCGGCGCCUUUGAUCGAGCUUACGAUGUUUUCGGUGACGGGUCAGCGUAUAUUGUUGACGCUCCAGGGCAUUCGCCAGGCCAUCAAAUGAUGCUAGUGCGAACGACAUCAGGCUCCACUGAGAAUGAAAACACCUUUGUACUACUGGCCGGCGACUGCUAUCAUCAUCCGGAUCUGCUCAAGGAGCCGAGACGCACUGCCAGAUCACCUUAUGCGAAGCCGGGCAUGCACGCCGACCCUGAACAAGCAGUGGAUACGAUGUUGCGUACAAGGGAGUUUGCACGGAAAGACAACGUAUGGGUUGUUGGAGCUCACGACACAAGUGUAGGCGAGGGCAUCAAGUCAGGAGUCAAGGAGCUCGAGGGACUGGUCGAGAUCAACAGUUGGUCAGAGAAGGGAUGGAAGAGAUGA